CUGGCUGGACCGCGAGGACGUAUUGUUUUGCCUUACCACCCCACUGAAAUGAGACGUCCCCGUGACUCGCGGCGAAACGAUGACGUAACAUUCGCCGGCUACUUUGUCUCCUUAAACAGUAAAGUAACAAGACUUCGCUGGCGUCCGAUUGCGCGUCGUCGACGCGUCCUCCUCUCUCCUCGUCUGGGCGAAUAUAUCGGAUCUGUUUGUCAGUCGUUACAAAAAAAAUCGGCGGCAGUCUUCAUCGGACUUUGUGCUUCGUACCGCCCCGUCUUCCGCCUCCCCGUACCUGAGGAAUGAGUUCGGCUCGUUUCUGUUCGGCUCUCUUCUCCCGGGACCUCGCCGCGCUGUGCGGAGGAGCAUCGACCGUCCAGAGACAGGUGUGGACCGGGGGAGUCUCCGCUUCCGGGCUGCGGCGUCCCCUCGCCGGCGGUGACAGAGCGGGAGUCAUCGGUUCAGACUCGGAGGCACCGGGGAUGACGGACGCGUCCCCCUCUGCGGCAAGGGACAAGCCCGUGUGUCCAAUGGGCGGAAGCAGCAGCAGGUUGUUUAGUACAUUAGCCCAGUCACGCAACAGCACUCCGCUGGCCAAGGCAGACCUGUACUCAGUUCAGAACACGGUACAGGAAAUGGAGGAAGCUCAGGUUGACCCGGAGCAGCUGCUCAGAGAAUGCGAGGAGGCGCUACAGCGGCGUCCAGCGCGCCCACACAGAGACCUGGUGUAUCCCAAUGGCCCCACCCCACACCAGCACCACCACGACCACAACCAUGACCACAACCCCUCCAUACGGGUUAUGCAGUGGAACAUCCUGGCACAAGCCCUGGGUGAGAGCAAAGACGGUUUUGUGCGCUGUCCUGUAGAUGCUCUCAACUGGGAGGAGAGGAAGUAUCUGAUCCUGGCGGAGAUCCUCACCUACCGCCCCGACAUCCUGUGUCUACAGGAAGUGGACCAUUACUAUGACACCUUUCAACCUAUUAUGGCCAGCCUAGGUUACCAUGGCAGCUUUCUUGCUAAACCCUGGUCACCGUGCCUUGAUGUGGAGCAGAACAACGGCCCUGAUGGCUGUGCCUUGUUUUAUCGACGAUCACGUUUUUCCCUCCUGGCCACAUCUCACCUGCGCCUAUCUGCCAUGAUGCUGCCCACCAACCAGGUGGCCAUUGUUCAGAUGCUGUGUUGCCAGGCAACAGGUCGAAGGCUGUGCAUAGCCGUGACCCACCUGAAAGCACGGAGCGGGUGGGAGCGGUUGCGCAGCGCCCAAGGGGCUGAUCUCUUACAAAACCUUCGAGCCAUAACAUCGAGAGCCAUCACCCAGGGCGAUGCCGGCAUGGUCACAGCCAACAGUGUCCCUUUGAUAGUGUGCGGUGACUUUAAUGCAGAGCCCUCAGAGGAUGUCUACCGACGCUUCAGCUCUUCCCCGCUGGGCCUAGACUCAGCAUAUAAACUGCUGAGCUCUGAUGGGCAGACAGAGCCAGCCUACACCACAUGGAAGAUCCGCCCCUCGGGAGAGAGUUGCAGCACAUUGGACUACAUCUGGUACACGCAAAAUGCCUUGUCUGUAGAGACACUACUGGACCUUCCUACCGAAGAGCAGAUAGGCCCAGAUCGGCUCCCUUCCUACCACUACCCCUCUGACCAUUUAUCACUGCUAUGUGACGUAAGCUUCAGAGAGCAGCCCAAUAGGUUGAUGUAGACUGUCAAUCAUGCAGUCUUGGACCAAAACAAAAGGAUUGUCUGGAAUACAUUGUAUGAAUUUUGAAUCGUAAUGAAACCAUUACCAUUGGUCUGUAUUGAUUUAACCAAAUGAGAACAGUUAUGGAUUCUGUCAUUGGCAUGAAUUUUCACCAUCUUGGCUAGAUCUUUCAAAUCUGCUUGAUUUUAUAGAAACUGUCCACGUAAAGGGCAAACAACAGUUUACACUGAAGAUAGGGGGCAAAAAUGUCUAAAAUGGGAUAAUUAUAGCAUACUUUGAGCAGAGUUGCUAGAAAAAUCUUUGCGCAUAUGAAACAUAAAACGUAUUUUUCUGCUUAAGUUUAUCAAAUUAACAACUAACUUGAUAUGUGGAAGAUAUUAAUUAUAAUUAAUUUUAUUACAUCUUAAUUAUAUAUUAAUAAUUAAUAAGUCUUAUUUUGCACUUACAUAAUUUUCACUAGUUGUGCAGUACAUUUGUAAUGACAGCUCCCUACCAGUAAAAAUGAGAACAUUAUUUAUUUAAGAAAUAAAUUCUUCAUAGACUGUAUUUUAAUGUAAUGUUUUUUCAUGAAUCUAGGUUGGUUGGUUCGAUGUUCUAAUCUUGCAGAAUGUGCUGUAACUAUCCUGUAUUAGGCCAUUUGGUACACUGUAAAGCAGAUUAGAAAAGUAUAAAGUCAUAGCUUUGUGCCGGAUAUUUACCGAGUGAUUUAUUAUUUGGGAUGAGUCAACCGUAGCGUGUCUGAGUGUGCACAUGUGUGACUGUAAAUGUUUUACCCAGCUUUAUUAUAUUGUGAAAUUAAAGACAGGGUUAGGGUCAGACCAAACCAAAAUGUAGCAUAGCACAGCUUUUCUGAAUUGGUCAGCCUAAUAAUUUUUGUGCACAGUUAUGACUGUGUAAUCAAAAACCACUUGUGGUUGUGGUAAUUCAAACCCUUUGGAAAAACUGGGUUUAUACUGCAAUCGAGUGCCAAGCCAAGGGUGUAGGUUUGGCUUGAAAGUUGGUAGAGACACAUGGGUGGUGUGGAACAUGUAGGAGGGAAGGAAACCAGAUGAUGUAACACGGUUAAUUUUGUCAACAAACUACAAUAGAGUUGUGACAAACCAACAAAGGAACACACCACAGGGUCUUGGUUCUAUUCUAAAUGUUACUAAAUAUGUUAUAUUCUGAAUGGCAUUAUAUUAUAUAGGAUCUAAUCUAUCAGAUUUACUUACUUAUGGAGAUCAAUAGUGUGUACAAUAAUUACAAAUGUGGAGGCAUUAAUGUUGGUGUGCUUCAAACAUUUUCCUAUCCUUGCAAGAACAUUUUAAACAACUUUCUUUACUCCAUCCAUCCAUCACACAGGGCCGACAUACACACACAUUCAUACCUAGGGACAAUUUAGUAUUGCCGAUUCACCUGACCUACAUGUCU